AAACAGUUUUGAAACAAAAAUAGAUAUUCAUUUGUUCAUAAGGUAACUGAUAAAUCUGCGUGUUGUGUUAUUAAAUAAUCCUUGAACAGUGACUCAAUCUCUAGUACUUGAAGCACUUAUCACCAGGUCACAAGUAAUAAUAAUAACACCCAUUAAAAAUGUCCCCUUUAUAUAAACUGACCUAUUUUGCUACCCCAGGUAGGGCAGAAGCCAUCCGUUUUCUGUUCAGUUAUGCAGCUGUCGAAUUCGAAGAUGUGAGAAUUGCUUAUGAAGACUGGCCAGCAUUAAAAAACCAAACACCCUUUGGUUUUCUCCCUAUGUUAGAACAUGAAGGCAAAAAAGCACAUCAAAGCGUGGCAAUUAUGAGAUACGUAGCCAAACAGGUGAAACUUGCAGGAAACGAUGACUGGGAAGAUUUAGAGAUUGAUGCAACCGUAGACACACUCAGAGAUUGUUCUUCAAAAUUUCAUCCACUUCGCCUUGAGACUGACGAAGAGAAAAAGAAAGCUUUACUAGAACAACUUUUUAAAGAAACAGUUCCGUAUUUUAUGAGGCGUUUUGAGGCUUUAGUUCAGAAAAAUAACGGUUAUCUGGCGCUAGGACGACUGACUUGGGCUGAUUUAUACUUUGUGGCAUCGAUAGCAGCAGGUGUAAAACAAUAUACCGACAUCGAUAUAAUAAAAGAAUAUAAAACACUGGCAGAGCUGCGCACUAAAGUUUUGGAAAAUCCUCGUAUUAAAAAGUAUUUGGAAAAUCAGCCUAAACUUUAAUAAACUUAGAAAAUGUUUAAAAAAUAAAGAUUGUUCUUUGAUUAUAAA